ACAAAGAAAGAAAAUUGGAGUUUGAAUCUUACAAAGUUGCAAUGAGUUUGUUCAAAAACAAAGAGCCAAUGGAGGGAAACGACGCAUUUAUCACCACGUCUCAGAUUCCGGAUAACUUGAGAGGGUUGCAACUUACAACCUUGGACUCAAAGGUCUAUAUGGCUUGUCGAACGGGGAACGCUCAAGCCUUAAAGCUUUUACUAGAUGCCAAUCGAUUAUCUAGUACGCUGAACACGAAAGACAAGAGUGCACUGUCCUUGGCCUUACUCAACGAGUCUGGGAUGCUAGGGUUAGGGAAAGAUCAAACAUGUAUCCAUGUGGCUGUGUCUGGUGGACAUAUUGAUGUUGUUAAAGAGUUGCUAAGAGUCUGUCCUGAGCUUGCUCGUGUGGUUGAUGAGAAUGGAAAUUCGCCGUUGCACUAUGCGUCUUGCAAAGGGCACAGGGAGAUGACGGGGAUGCUGCUGAGGAUUGAUCCGAAACUUGCGCAGGAGUACAAUAACAACGGACACACGCCAUUGCAUUUGGCAGUAAUAAACUACAAAGUUUCAGUCCUUCAAGCGUUUGUCUCUACGGCUAAACCGUCAUUCCAAUUUGUCACGAAAUCUGGUGAGACGGUAUUUCACUUAGCUGUGAGAUACGGCCAACAUGAUGCUCUGAUGUACUUGACUCAUGUCUGCGAUGACACCGAGUUCUUUGAUUGUCGGGAUCUUCAUGGUAACACCAUCUUGCAUCUUGCAGUUUCUGAAGCACAACAUAAGAUAGCAGAGUACCUAAUCAACAAGAAAAGAACAGACGUCAAUUAUCAGAACUGUAAAGGGUUGACAGCACUUGACGUCCUCAACGAGGCCAAGAACAGUGUGGAAAACAUGCGUCUUCGAGCUAUGCUCAUAAGCGCGGGAGGGGAAACAAGGAUUGAGUUGUUAUCUCAUACACCGAGAGUAGAAACAGCCGGACCUCAACCAACAGAAGUCCUCGAAAACAUGCCAAAAAGAGCGCAAUUUGUUAAAGAGCAUGAACUUCAUCUGUCCAUUAUAGAUGAAGCACCUUCCCCUGCCUCCAAGACCCCAUGUAGUUCAUCACCACCAACUAGGAAGUCAUCUAGUUUGCCAUCACCCCAAUCGAGCAAGUCAUCGCCAAAACUGCCAUCACCGCAUUCCAGCAAGUCAUCGCCUCAACAUUCAGGUGGAGACGGAUUGGAUUAUCAAACACAAAAGCCAGAGUUGUUCCCAACCAUCGUGAGACAACACAAAUACCCUAGCAAAAGGCACCAGUCGGAGUUUGAUAUUUUCUACAACCCCCGUAGGAGGCAUCAUAAGGUAUAUUCCGAGGCACUGCAAAAUGCCCGCAACACUAUAAUACUCGUUGCCAUUCUGAUUGCAACAGUUACUUUUACUGCUGGUAUCAACCCCCCUGGCGGAGUCUAUCAGGAGGGACGGAUGGAGGGAAAGUCAAUAGCAGGCAAAACGAAUGCUUAUAAGGUCUUUGCAAUAAGCAAUUACGUUGCGCUGUUCACGUCACUCUCCAUCGUGGUUGUUCUCGUCAGUAUCAUCCCCUAUCGGAGAAAGCCAUUGAUAAGACUACUGUCGUUUGCCCACAAGGUCAUGUGGGCAGCUGUGGCGUUCAUGGCAACAGCUUUUGUUGCAGCAACAUGGGUGAUCAUGCCGCAUAGCCAGAAAAUAGAAAUGGUGCUUGUAGUUCUACUGGCUGUAAGCAUUGGUACGCUUGGAACAGUUUUUAUUGGUGUCGUUGUCAAGCUCGUUGAUCACCGGCUGCGAAAAUCGAAAUGGCGAAAAGAUAGAAGAAGAGGGGUGGAUAUUGAGGACCCUGAAACGGGAAGCCACAACUCAGAUGUUGAGAGCACCUACAAUAAUGGAUAUCACUCAUACUGAAUGUUUUCACCUCCACACCUUCAAAGAAUUGAUAUGAACAUCUAGUUUUCGUUAUCAUAUAUUCUAACCUACAGUAAUCUUGA